UUGGACCGCUCUUUUUUUUCUUCGUUCGGGUUUUGUCUACAAGAAAGUAGCACGUCGUUUUCAUCCCCGGUGGGAUCUGGAGAGUUGAAAUUGUCUGUGUUGUUUACCGAGUUAGCUAGCUGUAGUAUGCGCAUUGCCUGCUGUAGAUGCAAGCUAUAAGGCUGUUACUGGGUGACGCAUUGGCUUUGGUCGAGCUACUUCGCUGCUAGUCGAUGGAAACCCGCUUGUUGCGGGGCUUCUAUAUAUGCGUGCUGGUAUGAUGACCGUUUGAUCGGGGAAUGGGUCUGAGGAGGUGUGCAGACAAUGUACAGUGCCAAGUCAGGAGAUUGCAUCCAUUAACUCAAGUUUAUAUAGCUCUUAGGCAUUGAUAUUUAUCAGCUGUUGUUAUAGAUGGGAAAUAAUUGCGUCGGUUCGAGAGUUUCUAGAGAUGGUUUCUUUCAGUCCAUCUCGAAUUCGGUGUUUGGGUAUCGAUCGAGCGACAAUAUAGAUGGUCAUAGAGGGAUUUCCGAUCGGUCGAUGUCCAUCAGUAAGGACAGAGAAGGUCCUCUGUCUGUUCAGGAUAAGCCCCCGAUGCAGGUCGCGAUAGUUAAGGAGGAGCCGAAAAUGGAGCAGGCCGCGAAGCAAAAGGAAGACACUAAGGCAAUGGGACAAGCGACAAGCGUUGUAGAGAUCAAAGUGCCGCAGCCCUCGAGACAAAAGGAGGAUGUCAAACCAGCAGCGCCAGCACGACCCAAGAAAUCUCUCCACGUGAAGAAGCCUUCGAGCGCAGGGCUCAUGGAAGAUUCGGUGUUACGAACAAAAACUGGUCACUUGAAGGAGUACUACCAUUUGGGGCAGAAGCUUGGACACGGUCAGUUUGGCACUACAUUCCUUUGCGCAGAGAAGGCGACUGGUAAAGAGUACGCUUGUAAAUCCAUCGCAAAGAGGAAAUUGUUGACAAAGGAUGAUGUCGAGGAUGUGAGACGGGAAAUACAGAUAAUGCAUCACUUGGUGGGGCAUCCUAAUGUGAUAUCCAUCAAAGGGGCAUAUGAAGAUUCCGUGGCAGUUCAUGUGGUUAUGGAAUUGUGUGCAGGAGGUGAGCUCUUCGACAGGAUUGUAAAGAGGGGGCAUUACACUGAAAGGAAAGCAGCUCAACUUGCCAGGACUAUAGUCGGUGUUGUGGAAGCUUGCCAUUCCCUUGGCGUCAUGCAUCGAGAUCUUAAGCCCGAGAAUUUUCUAUUCAUUAAUGAACAGGAGGAUUCUCCCCUGAAGACGAUAGACUUCGGAUUAUCAAUCUUCUUCAAGCCAGGGGAGACUUUUACCGAUGUAGUAGGAAGCCCAUAUUAUGUCGCACCUGAAGUUCUGCGGAAGAGUUAUGGUCCAGAAGCUGAUGUAUGGAGCGCCGGUGUGAUCCUCUACAUUCUCCUAAGUGGUGUUCCUCCAUUUUGGGGCGAAUCGGAGGAGGAGAUAUUUGAAGAGGUUUUGCAUGGUGAUCUUGACUUCUCAUCAGAUCCUUGGCCCAACAUAUCUGAAAGUGCUAAAGAUCUAGUCAGAAGAAUGCUUCUCAGGAAUCCUAAAAAGCGGAUAACUGCUCAUGAAGUCCUUUGUCAUCCUUGGAUUCAAGUCGAUGGGGUUGCUCCAGACAAGCCUCUUGAUUCUGCGGUCUUGACUCGCUUGAAACAAUUCUCUGCCAUGAACAAAUUCAAGAAGAUGGCCCUUAGAAUCAUAGCAGAGAGCCUUUCUGAAGAAGAAAUUGCCGGGUUGAAAGAAAUGUUCAAGAUGAUUGACACGGACAACAGUGGUUAUAUUACUUUCGAAGAACUUAAAACUGGACUCAAAAAAUUCGGCGCAAACCUUAAUGAGUCGGAGAUGCUAGAUCUCAUGAAGGCUGCCGAUAUAGACAAUAGCGGCACCAUUGACUAUGGGGAAUUUGUUGCUGCUACUUUGCAUCUGAACAAAGUGGAGAAGGAAGACCAUCUAUUUGCCGCAUUCUCAUACUUCGAUAGAGACGGAAGUGGCUAUAUCACUCAAGAUGAGCUUCAACAAGCCUGUGAGGAGUUCGGCAUAAAGGAUGUCCGCUUGGAGGAAAUGAUCCAAGAAGUUGAUCAGGACAAUGACGGUCGCAUUGACUACAACGAGUUCGUGGCGAUGAUGCAAAUGGGGGACGCUGAUCUUGGGACAAAGGGUCUAAAGAGCAGGAGUUUCGGAAUCGGUUAUAGAGAAGCACUGUCCGUCUGUUAACACAGGGAAACGCCCCGCUCAAACGGUGUCCAUCCGGUAGAUGGAGCCAGGGUCCACUGUCGUCAACAGUGACUAUUCACCCGGUCCACGGUCAGCCUGGUGCGAAC